AUCGUGAAUCCCCAAACACCCCAUCAUCAAAUUCGCGCAAAAAUAUUUUGUUAUAAGGAAACCCUAGUCUUAAAGCUUUACACGAAUCAUUCGUUUGUAUCUCAAACAUCUGCUUCUGACAAUAAAAUUUUGUUGAGAGUUUUUUGUUGCAGAUAUAUUGGUGUUAAGUUACAUAUGAAAUAGUAGAGAAGAUGGAGACGGAGCAAAUAAGGAAACGACCUCGCCUGACGUGGGACGUGGCGCCAUCAGAACCAGAGGCGCAACGGGCUCUUGUGGUGGCCCACGAUGGUGCAGCCAGGCCCCGGCAUGUUUCGCCACCUCGAAGGGACGAUGAUCGUGAGGGCCAUUAUGUCUUCAAUCUCGGCGAAAAUCUCACUCCUAGAUAUAAAAUACUAAGCAAGAUGGGUGAAGGCACAUUUGGCCGAGUUUUGGAAUGUUGGGAUCGUCAAACGCGAGAGUAUGUAGCAAUCAAGGUUGUUAGAAGCAUACGCAAAUACCGUGAUGCAGCAAUGAUUGAAAUUGAUGUUCUUAAUCAUCUUGCCAGUAAUGAUAAAGGAAGCUCAGGUUGUGUGCAGAUACGAAAUUGGUUUGAUUACCGCAAUCAUAUUUGUAUAGUAUUUGAGAAGCUUGGACCAAGUUUAUUUGAUUUUCUAAAGAGAAAUAAAUACUGCCCAUUUCCUGUGGAUCUUGUUCGGGAAUUUGGACGUCAGCUUUUGGAAUCUGUAGCAUAUAUGCAUGAUUUACACUUAAUCCACACUGACCUGAAGCCAGAAAAUAUUCUUCUUGUUUCUUCUGAAUAUAUAAAGCUCCAUGGCUACAAGAGGAGUUCUUCAGAUGAAAUGUCUUUUAGGUGCAUGCCAAAGUCAAGUGCGAUUAAGCUGAUUGAUUUUGGUAGCACUGCUUUUGAUAAUCAGAAUCAUAGCUCCAUUGUGUCCACAAGGCAUUACAGAGCCCCUGAGGUUAUUCUAGGGCUUGGUUGGUCUUAUCCAUGUGAUAUGUGGAGUGUUGGUUGUAUACUAAUUGAGCUAUGCACGGGUGAAGCAUUAUUUCAAACACAUGAGAACUUGGAACAUUUGGCAAUGAUGGAAAGGGUAUUGGGACCUAUUCCAGAGCAUAUGAUUCGAAGGGCCAGUAGGGGAUCGGAAAAGUAUUUCAGGAGAGGAUCUAGACUGAAUUGGCCUGAAGGAGCAGUUUCAAGGGAGAGUAUUAGAGCUGUGAGAAAGCUUGAUAAUCUUAAGAAUAUGGUGUCACUACACGUAGAUAGCUCAAGGUCGACCUUCAUUGACUUGUUGCAUGGCUUGUUGAAAUUCGACCCAUUGGAACGGCUCACUGCUCGACAAGCACUCAACCAUCCCUUUUUUAGUGAUCCUAGUUAACAGAUGCAGCACCUGAAAGUGUUUUUAUGGUUGUUUUUGAAAUGGAAAGACUCAAGGCCAUCAUGAGUUCAGAGUUUCUCAUGUAUAAUGUAAUCUUUAUAAACGUCAGUUUAAUGAAAAUAUCUGCGAAAAUCUCUCCUCA